AGUGCGGAUCUACAAAGUUUGUCCGCUCCGGGGCACCGUAGUGACUUUUACGCUGGCGGAGAGGGCCCGGCUGGACUCGGCUGGGCUGGCCGGCUGGAGCCCGGCUCAGCUUAGGAGAUCCUGAUGGCUGCGGUGUUUCUCGUAACGCUCUAUGAGUACUCGCCGCUUUUCUACAUUGCGGUGGUCUUUACCUGCUUCAUCGUGACCACCGGCUUGGUGUUGGGAUGGUUUGGUUGGGAUGUUCCAGUAAUUCUGAGAAAUUCAGAAGAGACCCAGUUCAACACAAGAGUUUUCAAAAAGCAAAUGAGACAAGUCAAGAAUCCUUUUGGCUUAGAGAUCACCAAUCCAUCUUCAGCUUCAAUUACAACUGGCAUAACUUUGACAACAGAUUGCCUUGAAGAUAGCCUCCUUACAUGCUACUGGGGGUGCAGUGUUCAAAAAUUUUAUGAAGCUCUGCAGAAGCAUUUUUAUUGCUUCCGAAUAAGCACUCCGCAAGCAUUAGAAGAUGCUCUGUAUAGUGAAUAUCUCUAUCAAGAGCAGUAUUUCAUUAAAAAGGACAGCAAAGAAGAAAUAUAUUGCCAGUUACCAAGAGAUACUAAAAUUGAAGACUUUGGUACAGUGCCGAGAUCUCGCUAUCCUUUGGUAGCGCUGUUGACCCUAGCCGAUAAGGAUGACCGAGAAAUUUAUGACAUUAUUUCCAUGGUGUCAGUAAUUCAUAUUCCUGAUAAGACUUAUAAACUCUCCUGUAGGAUAUUAUAUCAAUAUUUACUCCUAGCUCAAGGUCAAUUUCAUGAUCUUAAGCAACUUUUCAUGUCUGCAAAUAAUAAUUCCACUCCCUCCAGCAAUUCUUCUCCAGAAGAAAAAAACACAGACCGAAGUUUGCUGGAAAAGGCAGGACUAUCUGAAAGUGAAGUGGAGCCUCCAGAAGAGAAUAGCAAGGACUGUGUGGUUUGCCAGAAUGGGCCUGUGAACUGGGUGCUCUUGCCUUGUAGACACACGUGCUUGUGUGAUGGCUGUGUUAAGUAUUUUCAACAGUGCCCAAUGUGUAGGCAGUUCGUUCAGGAAUCUUUUGCACUUUGCAGUCAAAAAGAGCAAGACAAAGACAAACUGAAAAGUCUCUGAGGAUGUUGUAACAACUGAAAAGUACUUCCCACUGAAGAUGCAAGCUUUGUCUUCUUGGAAUUAACCAUAACAUGGACUCUACAGUGUUAACCGUCAGUGAAAAUUCUAUUUUAACUUCAUAUUUGUACAAUACAUGGAUUUCGAAAAUUAA